AUGCGUGUCACCAAGUCCGUCGUCUUCGGCCUUGUGAGCCUGGUGUGCACCAUCAACGCCAUCGAAGCAACCGUGCCCAGCAAAGCCGCUCGUGUCGGUCUCGAGGCUCGUGAGAACGUUCAAGCCCAUCAAGUCCGUGAGGCACGUCUCGCUCGCAAGUUCGGUGGCCUUGUUGGCCGUGAUGAUAGCAUGACUGUGACUGUUACCUCGAUCCCUGAGUAUUGCACUGCCGGACCGGAAUCGUCCAUCUCGACUACCGUUGCUGGAAUCCCGACAAUCCUUCCUAUGCAAGUACCUCAGGCAGCCGGAGCUUUUGAUACGUCCGCCGCAUUGUCUCAGGCAUCCGCUGCGCUCUCGGCCGUUCAGCAAGUAAUGCCAUCAGCCGCGUCAUCAGCUCUCUCGCAAGCAUCUGCCGCCCUGUCAUCAAUGACUGCUGCUGCACCAAUCUCGGCGAACGCUACCAUUGCAACUCCAGCAUCCACCGGCUCUGCACCCACAGUUUCAGCCACUACGACGGCCACAUCCACUUCUUCAGAGACGGGUACCCCGUCAACCACCACCACCGGAUCCCUAGUCGUGUCAGAAAUCGGGUCAACAACGGGCACAAUUGUUUCUGCUAACGGUGCUCUCCCCGAGUACACCGUUUCCACCGGGCUCGUACUCUCCCUCCUGGUUGCUUUGGCUGCCAACGUUGCCUUCUUGAUCUAG